AUGCGGCUGGGGCUUCUGGCACUGCUGGUCGUGCUGGUGGCUCGCGUAAGCGCCGCCGCUGAGCCGGUUGACGAAGCGCAGCAGCAGCUUCCCUUGGGGCUCUCGCAACUCACUUUCACCCCGCAGCAGGCACAAGACCAGCCCUUGCCGCAAUACCAAGCGGACCUAGCCGCGGAAAAGCAAGCCCAAAAACUCGUGGAUGCCUUUGUCAGCAAUGCCGAUCAUUCAAAUGGGCCGGCUGGAAACAAGGAGUCCGAGGCGGCUGCUGUGCCCAUCCCGGAAGUGGUAGCUCCUGGGCGGGCGGCUGGCGGCACUGCCAACGAAGCCAACGCUCAAGAUGCCGUCGAAAUUGACCCCUCCGAAAAGGACGAAAAGCCUCUCCUCGCAGAUGCCCUCAAAGAUGAGCAGCCUGACGAAGAGGCUGCUGCUUUUGCUGAUCGCCGCGUCAAUUUCCGUUCCAAGCGUCUCAUCGAAGCCUUUGCCACCAAGCGCUCCGAGCCUGAUGUGGCCCCAACUACGUCCCCCGUGCCCCGUGUCCUGACAUCACAGGUGUUGGCCACAAUCAUGGACCACGUGGCAGUGAUUCGCAACAUGACCGACUUGACUGUUGCCGAGAAGCAAGUGCGCAUUGAAGCUCUUAACAUGACGAUGCGUCACAUCAACACCACGUACAACUCGUACGUCAAGACCACAAACGAGCUGCAAUCAGUUUUGGACAGCGACUUUUCCUCCUUUCAGAUGCGCGAACAUGCAGCACUUGAGCGGCUUGAAGAGAAUCAAGAACAAAUGGAGGCGCUAGAGGAAGCUCGAAACCAUGACCGCGUACAGCUGGACAAAGUCUCACUCAUGCUUAAUGAAGUUGAAGACACGGCCAAGACGCUGCAGCGUUUUUUGGACGACCACGCCUUCCGCAAGGCUCAAAAUGUGAAGGAUGCCUCCCUCAUCACCGUCAUCAAGAUUCAACGCCAAUCCAAGGAGUUGGCGAGGCACGACGAUCAGCCCGCUUCCCCCGACUCGGCGCGUGGUCGGCAACGCAAACAAGAGCAGCAGGAGAUGACCUGGCUUGUGGAUGCAGACAACAACCAGUUUGCGCUCACGCGGCCAUCAGACACCACGGAGCUGCUGGAAGACGUGGGCCUGCUCAACGAUCUUCUUCGCCUCGUCAUUGCCUGCUUCCUGGCCGGUGCCAUUUGCACCUCUUUCAACAUGCCGUCUUUCGUGGGUUAUGUCGUUGCGGGCACUCUAUUGGGACCCUCAGGCCUGAAUGUUGUGACGACUAUUGUGCAAAUUACAACGAUUGGAGACCUUGGCGUUUUCUUUGUUCUCUUCACGCUGGGCAUGGAGUUUUCCAUUAGCAAGCUGCGGGAUAUGUUUCGAGUUGCAGUUGUUGGCGGCACCAUCUACACCAUCGUCUCCCUUUUGGGCAUCACGCUUUUUGUUGCCAUGGUUGUUGCCUUGUCAUCCACCACCGUGGCGGCCAACAACUUGACACACUCGGAGCACGAGUCGACGCAUGGACGACACAUGCUGGGCAUGCUACUCAUGCAGGAUGUUUAUCUGGGCGUCAUCGUUGCGGCCUCUCCACUUCUGGCCUCACUUGAUAAUGUUGCAACCGGUGACGUUAUUUUGCUCAUUUUGUGGCUGAUUGGAAGUUUUGUGUUGCUGGGUCUCAUUACAGCUCUUUUCACCAAGUUUGUUGUUGAGAAGCUCGUGUCACAAAUGAGCCGAUAUGAUGAGACCACCCAGUUGUUGGCAAUUUUGAGUAUCUGCUUUGGAAUGCUCAAACUGACUGAACACAUGGAGGUAUCCAUGGAGCUGGGAUGCUUCUUGGCCGGGCUCAUGUUCUCCAUGGCUGAUGCCACAUCUGCUCGGCUUAACACGGGCUUUCACGCUGGGAAUCAUGGUAUAACGCAUCGACUCAUGACCUUGGUUGAUCCUGUAAAAGAUCUUUUCUUGGCCAUCUUCUUUGCCUCUGUUGGUAUGCACAUCUAUCCGACUUUUUUGGCUACCAAUGCUACUUUACUACUUGCAUUGACCACCGGCAUCACUGUCAUCAAGUAUACAGCCGGCAUUGUGGUAUUGAAGUACGGGGUCGGCAAGACCAAUCUUUCCGAGGUUCAUGUCAUGUCAGUGGGAUUGGCACAGAUUAGCGAAUUUGCGUUUGUGUUGGCCAGUCGCGGCCGACGAUUAGGCAUCUUGUCACAACCCAUCUAUUUCUUGUUGCUUAGUGUGACAGGGCUCUCCCUACUCCUGGCUCCGCUCAUCUGGAGUCUUAUUCAACAGAGCCGACAACGACUGCUCGUUGGCCCCGCUCUGACAGCAUAAUCAAGCCCGUGACGGGUUUUUAUAUGAGCCAUUGAUCAAAGCCAUCAGGUUUAUGAUCUGAGCCAGCCAACUAGAAAUUCCGACGGCUCAGCGAGCCACCGCAUUUGUCUUGACUUCUCGAAUUGUAGCCACGUGACCGC